GCGAUAAAAAUGUUAUCAGCACGUAUAUAUAUAUUCUACGUCAGAAUUAACAGGCAUUAGAAGUUGCGCUGGUUAAUCAACAAGUGACAAUGUAUAAUAAAUUCAUAACAUUACUCUUGGUCGUCCUUUGCUGCGCUCUUACGGUGCAUCAAGUGUCAGCCGAAGUACCACCACAUUGUACUUUACCAUUGGUGACGGGCUCAUGCAGAGGUUAUUUCCCGAGAUUCGGAUACGAUGUAGAGAUGGGUCAAUGCGUACAAUUUAUACAUGGAGGUUGCGAAGGAAACUCGAACAAUUUCUUAACUCUGGAAGAAUGUGAGCGAUCAUGCUUAGUAGAAAAAGUUAUAUACGAAAGAAUCUCUGCUACUGUCAACAACAAGGGCAUAAUACCAAACCAUCAAUUUCGCCUUCAAAAAAAAUAUGAUACCAUUGAGGAAAAUCAUCGUACGAUUCAACAAAUUCUCUGAUCAGAAGAAAAGGAAUAUUGUUCAGCAUUCUUUCUUGACAUCGAAGAUGCAUUCGACGCAAUUUGGUACAAUGGAUUACUCUCUAAACUACGAUGUCUUCUACCCAUUCGAUUACACACACUAAUCACAUGUUACAUUGAAAAUACAUAGUUCUAUGUAAAAGUUGAAGACACUAUCUCUGAUAUCAGUUCUAUUAAAGCCUGUUUGUUUAUA